GUCGACAGCUGAUGGCGCUGUGGAGCUAUGCUAGCAUUAGCACGGGGGGAGAAGAAGCAACAGCACUGUGAACGUGUGGUACUACAACAACGUGGUUUUAUUCAACUAGCCGGUGCUGAUGUUCGGACUUUUUCUCACUGCCAUUAUUUACAAUGACAGCCACUGAGGCAAAGCAGCAGCACCCCUCCCUCUAUUUAGAAGUUUGCUCCCAAAAUGAGGAACCUCGUCUUCCCUUGCACACCUCCAUUGUCCUGUUCCUCCUGUCCUACUGCGAGUGCAAGACUUUUAAAGUUUUCCUGGUAUCAAACAAAGCCAACAGCUCGGAGCCACUGAGGAGUCAUCUGCCAGUGUCUCUGGAUGUGUCUGACAUCCAGCUGGAGGCUCUGCCCCCGCUGGUGAAAGGCUGCCGUCUCCCCGCUGUUCUGGAUGAAGCUGGAAGUCUCUGCAGGGCAGGACUCGCAGUGGUUCUUAGACAUAUCAUCAACAAAACCAUCGAGGCUGACCCAUCCAGAAAUGAUGUAUUGGCACUGCUGGGCUUCAAGAAGACGUGUCUGAAGGCCUGUGCUGAGGUAAGUAAGUGGACCAGACUGUGUGAAAUUGGCAUCCCUUCUGCUGUUGAGGAGCACCUCCGAAAUCCCACCGAUCAAUACCAGCAGCUGCCUCUCUCCAUCCUCACCCUUGAAAGAAGGCUAGCGGAGCCUGUCAAAGUCCACAAUGACGACAAGAUACGCAGACAGAAACUCCAGGAACAGAGACAGAACGAAAAGAAUGAGCCCCCUGAAAGCCAAGGGAACCUGGACUCCGAGUCCAAGUCUGGACAGGUCUGUGAUGGACUUGAGCUCAGAGCUGCUUUGGCCAAACUGUCCGUGGAUUCAGUUCCGGCUUUAACCACCAGAGAGAACUCUGAGAUCAGGAAAGUGAAGACAACAGAUUUGCCUCCACUGGAGCAUGUGUUUGCCGAGGGACUGUACUUCACUCUGACGGAUGUGGUGCUCCUGCCCUGCAUUUAUCAGUAUCUGUGUUCCCUCCGAACCCAUGCUGCGAGCACACUACAUCAUCUCCCCCACCUCCUGCGUUGGUACAGCCGUGUUCAGGAGGUACCCGGGGUGCUUCGGGCAGCCGAGGCUUGUGGGAUACUCCUCUCCGACCCCCGAGUUCCCACAUCCGGCCUCCCAGAGCCGUCUGCAGAGGACAACCCAGCAAACCUACUGUUACAAGAGGAAGACCAGGAGGUGACCACACAGCUUCCUUUUGUUGGCGGACCCAGGCCUACAAUCACGAAACUCAAAGAAAACGGCAUCGAGUCCGUCUUCGCUACUCAUCCCUGCCCUUCCUGGACCCUCCCAUGGGACAGCUUACCAGGAGCUAUCAACCCCACUGAAGGGAAAAUGUCAAAUAUCCGUGCCGUCAGAAAGAUGCAACAGCUGAAUAACUUGGUUGCCAUGGUGACAGAGCUAGCCAGGCCAGGAUACACCAUUGUGGAUUUCUGCAGUGGAACGGGUCACGUAGGGAUUGUUCUGGCUCACACACUUCCAGAUUGCCAGGUCAUCCUCAUAGAGAACAAAGAAGAGUCCUUGGUGAGGGCUCAGAGUCGCAGCGCUCAGCUCGGUCUGAAAAACAUUGGCUUCAUUCAGGCCAAUUUGGAUUACUUCACUGGACCGUUUCAGAUUGGGGUUGCCCUGCACGCAUGUGGUGUUGCUACAGAUAUGGUGAUGGAGCACUGUAUCCAGGCAGGAGCUGCCUUUGUCAUUAGUCCUUGUUGCUACGGCUUCAUCCAGAACGCCGUCAAGUUCAAGUUUCCCAAGAGCAAACAGUUCGAAGAGACUCUGACAUACAAGGAACACAUGAUCCUGUGUCGCUUCGCAGACCAAACUGCCGUCCAGCUCCCCCCUGAGAGGCGACUCAUCGGUAAACAGUGCAUGGGCCUGGUGGACUUGGAUCGGUCGUGGGCAGCAGAGACUCAUGGCUACUCGGUGCGGGUAAUGACUAUGGAGCCUGAAAGCUGCUCACCAAAGAACAACAUGCUGGUGGGAAGGCCGCCGCAGAAGAGCGGACAUGAAGUCAUCGCUCGCCAAGUGGAAGCACCGGUGCAUAAUUAGGACUUCAAGCGCUGGUGUACGGCGGAGCAUCUUCGUCCUGCUCAGAGUUUGAUAAAGCACCCAGCCUCCGUGGCUCCUGGCUGUACUUUGGCUACUAUUCAUCCACCCUCAACGUUUUCCUUCUAUUUAUUUUUUACAAGCCCAAUUUUGUAGCCUCGGGAAGUAAAAGAAAUGUUUAUUAUUUCUGGACCGGGAGAAAGUCAUCUUUUGAAUACUUAGUUUGAGGCUAAAAGUGAAAGCAACGGUGGCGUGAGUUUUGGAUAAACAUGUGGACGUGCGCUCUCUGAGAGCUGCACCCUCCUUCGUUAAAUGCCCUCGAUUACUGGGUGCUUUGUUAGAGCACAAGAGCUCGAGCCUCUCACCGACUGUUUGUGUCUUCGCCCUAAACUGUGCGAUCAAGCUGUCAGCGUACACAGAAGCAGCGGGAAUUACACGCCCCGCAUCGUGAGUUAAACACACCAUACAUUCACUGGCUGUUUUUGCAGACAGCCUUCUGCGAUGGCACUCAAAAGUCAGCUUCCUCUAAUUAGCAGAAGACGGAAAAAUUCAGCUAAGAGCCCAGCUCCACUUGAAGGUGAGAUGAGGAAUGACUUCUAUCUCAUCUCACCUGCCUCUCUUCUGUCUGUUUUUAGGAGACACUAAGAAGGAAAGGAGAAUAUAGAGACAGGGAAAUUGGAUUCAGACUCAAAUCACAACAGGUACAGUAUAGCAUUUGUCAUGGUUCUACGGCGAGCUUGAUUAUUCUUCACAAAGGAGCAGCGUGAAUAUGGUAUGCAUCCCGUAAUACAUUCAACACCAAUGAAUAUUUUAUGAUGCUGGAGAAAAGGUCAGUGUGCUUGAUUAGACGCGCGGCGUUCACAGGCUUGUAGCUGAAAAUCACACAAUACGCUCCACGUUUCCAGCCCCGCGCUCUGUAGACACACUGUAGCCCCUUAAGCUUUCAUUCUGGCAGGUGAGACUGGUCAUCUGUUUCUCUGGAAAAUCCCACCUUGUCACCUCUGACAGAAUAUUGCAGCUGCUUGAAAAAUCCAAGGAGGUAGGAGAGGGAGAGCCAGUUCUCACACUGACGGGAUAGACAAGAGAGAUGCAGGCUUUUCCAGUGUAAUGCUCAUCUAAAUUCAGUCAGCAGAGUCAAUCUAUCCCGAGGUGAAUGGCCACAGACACAGCUCCUUCCAAGGGCUGGAAUUAUUUCAAAAGGAGCCGUCUGACUCCCUGUUCAUGCUUGUGGCUUUGCACAAGUGCGCAUUACAGAAAUACAUAUAGGUACAAAGGAGGAGAGAGCGAGUAGGUGGUGCUACUUAAAGCUGGCAUGAGAGAGAAAAGAAGAUUGUGUGAAGUGGGUUGAUUCAAUCCAAACACCCGAGGCUGGAAGGUGACUCGGCCAGUUUCUUUGUUCAGGCAUAACAGGCGAGAUAUGCCAGGUUGUUUGUUUCUAAAUGGCUUUCUUUGCUAAUGAUUCACCUCUCAAAGCAUUUCUAUUAGCACAAUAUAGAGUCAGUACUGAGCUGAAUGCAUUUUUAAUUGUGUAUUUGGCUGUUUGGGCUUAUUAUAUACACAACCGUUUAAAAGUUUGGGGUCACUUAGAAAUGUCUUCAUUUUUGAAAGAAAAGCAGUUUAUUUUUUUCAAUGAAAAUAACAUUAAAUUAAUCAGAAAUCCAGUCUAGACAUUGCUAAUGUGGUAAAUGACUAUUCUAGCUGGAACUUUUGAAUGCAAUAUCUCCAUAGGGGUACAGAGGAACAUUUCCAGCAACCAUCACUCCUGUGUUCUAAUGCUACAUUGUGUUAGCUAAUGGUGUUGAAAGGCUAAUUGAUGAUUAGAAAAACCCUUGUGCAGUUAUAUCAGCACAUGAAUGAAUGGGUUUUUUCAUGUAAAACAUGAAAUUGUCUGGGUGACCCCAAACAUUUGAACGGUAGUGUAGAAUAAAAUCUCUUUUAAUGUAUGAAGCAGUUUGAUGUAUUUACAUUUGGUGAAAAGUGACCUUUUUUAGAUGCAGGUUAAUCAAGUUUGAGCUUCUUUUCAGGGGCAAACUUUCAUUUUUAUCCCCAUUUUAAAGCUUCACUGACCAUUUUCAUAGCCACAAAUGAACCGAGAAUAUCAUCCAUCUCUAAAAGGAGUCUUUCAGCUCAUUGUUUUGGUUUUCCAACCAAACCAGCUUUAAUCUGCAUCAAUUUUGACCACAGAAGGCACCCGUUUUUCUUGGACAAGCUCUUAUGAAUCCACUGUGCCCUGUGCAAAUAGACAAAGUGAGCAACUAGCUGAUGUGCAUACUCAAGUGUUGGAAACAGCAGAUUUCUUUUGGCCUUUUUUGACUUUAUUCGACAGGUUAGUAGAGAUGCAGACAGGAAAGUAGGGAGAGGAAUGGGGGGAAGACCUACAACAAAGGACCAUGAGCUUGAUCAAACUCAGACUGCUGCAUAAGGGACUAUAGCCCCUGUUUAUGGAGUACAGGCUCAUGCUGUUGAGCUACCUAGGUGCCCUAAACAGCUGAUUUUUAAUGGAAUAUCUCCAUAGGGGUACAGAGGAACAUUUCCAUCAACCAUCACUCCUGUGUUCUAAUGCUACAUUGUGUUAGCUAAUGGUGUUGAAAGGCUGAUUGAUGAUUAGAAAACCCUUGUGCUAUUAUGUCAGCACAUGAAUGAAAGUGCGAGUUUUCAUGGAAAAUAUAAAAUUGUCUGGGUGACCCCAAACUUUUGAUUGUAGUAUAAGUUGUAAACUAGUCCUUUUUUUUUUUUUUUUUUUUUUAGAUUUUCAGAGGAAAAGUAUCCAGUGACUAAACAUAAACUGUAUGCAUCAUCGAUUGUCAUUUUUUCAGUGAGUGUUUUUGUCACGGUGUUAUAGUUAAUCGUAUAAUCUUUUCGGCUGGGCUCGAUGAACGCUCUCUUCUCUUUUCACCAUUUGUGGAGGUUUUUAAAUUCAGCUCUGAACAGUUUAGUUGCAACAUAAAACCUUACAUUCAUUGUUUUAUUGACUUUAGUUAUUACUUCUAAUUAAAAUUCUGCUCAUUUUUGUCUUUUUGCCAGACAAUUUACAUCUCAUUGUGCCACAAUUUUUGUCUGCAACAGUUUUGUUUGUUUUUUUUUGCUCCAUAUCUGGGACCCCUGACAAUGGCAGUAUUUAUGUUUCCUGGGUUACAGCAGUCACUGAUACAAAACACAAGCCCGUGUGAAAUGGACCUUUGUGCCGCCUUCCAUUAUCUUUGAUAUUACGCCUGCUUUUUAUAUUUAACUUGCAUUUUUACCAGCAAUAUAAUGUGCUUCAUUUGACUUGCAUCAUUUUCUAAUAAACAUACUUCUCUGAUAAAUGA